UAACACCCAUGGCUAGCCCUAGCAUAAACCAAGCGGAGUGGAGAGGACACGGGAAUGAUCACAUACGUUCAGCGUUGGUGUAAAUGAAUAUACGUGUUUACUGAAUCAAUCAAGCAGCUUGUAUUUCGACGAGGAGCUGACAGGCUAACUAGCUUAGCUCCGGUUCACUGUACAGGUAUGAACUCUCUGGUCGGUUACGGAGUGUCCUCGGAGUCUGACAGCGAUGGAGAAGCAAACACCGGCGGACUUGGCUCCGUUAAGAAGGCGGGCGACGAGGCGUCACCUGUCUUAAAGACCCGUAACUUCCUGCUGGAGUCUGGUUCAACCUCCAGCGAGUCAGAACCAGAGGAAGAGUAUCCUGUUCCCUCCUCAUUCCCAUCACACCCCCUCUCAGCAGCCGGCCAGCCCCCCCGCCAUGCUGCUCCUUCCCUGGGUUCACACACCCAUCACAAGCUGCCUCCUCCAGCUCUAAACGCCUGCUCGGACAGUGGAGUGUUCACCAACCCCUUCAAGGCCCAGGCCGACCAGAAGCUCAGCGCCCUGCAGAAACAUGUUCCCCUGACCCUGGAGGCCAAACCCUCCGAGAUCGGGGGAAAACGGAUGUGCGUGUCUUACAGGAAGAAUGGAAGGUGCAGGUUCGGGAUCAAAUGCAAGUUUGCUCAUGACAGUGACCUCCAGACCACUGUUCCCUCAGCGGACGGCCAUCAUCCUCAUCAUACGCCUGAGAGUGAUGAAGCACCAGCACCAGAACCCGUUGAGCCCAAUGCAGGUGGCUCUGGUGGUGUCGGGAAGCAGAAGCGCCCAGAGGAGGAAGAGUCAGGAGGGCAGCAUGUGAAGAAGAGGAGGGUUGGACUGAGUAACACCUUGAUUCCUCCUAAACGGGCGAUGAAGCAGUAUGCAAUGCACAUGGACCGAGAGCGGCUCCAUAUGUCCUGAAGAGAGCCAAGCAGGACCGGGUGGGCAGGGAGGAGAAAGGAAUUUUCCUGAGUUGUAACACUGUGCAAUCCUAACCCUCAUAAAGCAAUAGUAUAAAGUGCAGGUGAAAGUUUUCCUCUGUGUGCAUGUCUUAUAAAAGUUGUACUGUCCAUUGGUCGAUUCAUAAAUAACUCAAGCUUACACUUACAUUUCAUCUGGCAAUAACUAACAUUUUCCACACAUUCACAUCAAGAGCCAUAUGUGGUGUGGCCGGAAGGAGCUGGGGAUUGACCCACCCGUGUUAUAAUUAUUUAGCUGUUUUCAGACAUGAAAUCGGGGAAAAUGUAAUAAUUGUCUGGACUUCUUGUCUUUUCACACAUGAACACAGGAGAUUGUUCAGGUCAGAUCAGGGACUUAUCUGGACCAUUCAGGUGAGGGAUGACACCUGGGCAGAGCAAGAAAUUCAGUUCUGAAAAUUCAAAGGUUUUCUCACAUCCAUCCACACCAGCAUCAGCCCUUAUCACAGAAAUAUCUUGGGUAAGGGCUGUUUUCACCAAUUUGGCAUCUUCUACAUGAAUGGCACCUCUAUUUUGUCCUAAGAUAUUUGUAUUCUCCUUUGUUUUUUGCAUGUAGAACAUGUUAGAAAUGUUAUCAACACAUCCACUUGUAUAAUGUAAUUGUAUGGACAUUUACCUGCUGUAUUGUUACAGGGGCUCACUCAGACAUGUUGUCAGGUAAACAUCCUGAGUUCAGUGCAUGUCUGAAAGCAGCUAUAAUGGCUGAUCCCCUGCCAAGUAUGUGUAGCCACCCCAGUUGUAUGGAAAGAUAAAGUUGUGGGAUACAUUUACCUGCUGUAUUGUUACAGGGGCUCACUCAGACAUGUUGUCAGGUAAACAUCCUGAGUUCAGUGCAUGUCUGAAAGCAGCUAUAAUGGCUGAUCCCCUGCCAAGUAUGUGUAGCCACCCCAGUUGUAUGGAAAGAUAAAGUUGUGGGAUAAACUACAUUCUCAAACUAUUAAUGAAAACACUGGAUAAAUGUUAAGACAUUUAUUUAUAUCAUAUAAAUGAAUCGUUUUUUUGUGUUUGCGCUACCACAUGUCCUACAUCACAGAUCAGAGAAGUGCUGACUUAGUAUUGACAUUUUUUACCAAAUGAUCCACAUGAUUAUCAAAUUACAUCACACUUCAAAUGUUAUCGACAAAAGUUGAGUUUGUCUAAUUCAGUUUGGUUAAUGUUUUGGACCCCACUACACAUGAGUUAUUGUUCCUUCAAAGUCAAACAGCAGGGUUUAACAAACAGCUGCACAAAUAUCAUUUUAACAGACACUGCCAACAUUUUAAAUAUGCAUAUUCUGAAACUGUGAAGCACCUUUUUUUGUCUGCACCUGUUCAGUCUUUGUGAGUUCAGAUUUUUUUGGUUGUUAUAUUUUUUCCUAUCAAAUUAAUGUUUUAUAGUAGAUCUGGACAAUAAAAGAAAAAAAUAAU